UUUAAUUUAUUAGUUUUUAACACAUAUAAUAUUUAAUAAAUGUCUGUGCAACAGUAAAAAGAACGAGUCAAAAUUCAUAUAGUUUAAAAAGCGUAUGAAAUAAAUUAAAAGCCGUGAACUUUACACAGCAUGGCGCCCGCACCACAGCCACUUGAACAGGGGCUGGCCGGCUAUUUGCCACAAGGCCAGGAAGGCAGCCCUCGGAUGAAUACAAUUUCUUUGGCGGUGCUAAUAGAUUUUAUCAUACAAAGAACUUAUCAUGAUCUAUCAGUGUUGGCUGAAUUGCUGCCCCGUAAAUCCGAUAUGGAACGAAAAAUUGAGAUUUACAAUUUCUCGGCUAGAACACGUCAAUUGUUCAUACGUUUGAUUGCUUUGGUAAAAUGGGCGAAUUCUGUAUCCAAGGUGGACAAAUCAGCGAAUAUUAUGAGCUUCUUGGAUAAACAAAAUAUGCUGUUUGUGGAAACUGCCGAUAUGCUGGCUCGCAUGUCUCGGGAAACAUUGGUGCGAGCACGUUUACCCAAUUUUCACAUACCUGCUGCCGUGGAAGUAUUAACGACUGGCACUUAUAAUCGUUUGCCUACUUGCAUAAGAGAACGCAUUGUGCCACCAGAUCCAAUCACGCCUCAAGAGAAAAAACAAACACUGUUGAGAUUAAAUCAAGUCAUACAACAUCGUUUGGUUACUGGAAAACUUAUGCCCCAAAUGAGAGAAUUUAAAAUUCGUAAUGGCCGUGUUACUUUUGAAAUUAAGCACGAAUUUAAUGUGUCUUUAACAGUUAUGGGAGAUAGUCCCAAUGUUCCGUGGCGCUUAUUGGACAUCGAUGUAUUAGUUGAGGAUAAAGAAACUGGAGAUGGCAAAGCCUUGGUUCAUCCUCUGCAAGUAAAUUAUAUUCACCAACUGAUUCAGGCACGUUUAGUUGAAAAUCCCAAUGCCUUGAGUGAAGUUUAUAACUGCCUACACUAUUUUUGUCAAUCUUUGCAACUUGAGGUUUUAUAUACACAAACUUUACGUCUCAGCUAUGAGCGUUUAGAUGACAAUAUACAGGUUGAAGAGUAUAUACCUGGCAUCAAAGUAUCAGUAUCCUAUUGGCGUGAAUUGACAAGUAAAGAUCCCAAAUCAGAGUUGGGUUACCGCUUGACUGUACAAUCAGAUCCCAAUGAAAUUGGCCGACCACUGGCAGUAAUACACGUGCCUUCAUUGGGAGCUAAGGAGUCUGCAGAAGUUGCGGAUCGUGCGGUACGCUCAGACCACCUUUCAAUGGAACGAUUAAUAGUGCACACAGUUUACAUAAGAUCUGUGUCUAGAUUAUCGGAUUUGAAAUUGGAGUUCCAAGCUUUUCUCAAAGAUGUUGAUUUUAAAUUAGAAGGUACUCCGGCAAUUUUGACUGUGCCUGUUUUGACACCCUGCUUGAGGGCAGAACAAAUUCAUAUUACCAUUGAUACUCAUACGGGCAUGUUGCGUUGUCAUGUUCCCAAACAUUUGGACUGUCCCAUUAUACCAGAAAUGCAAACUUCUCUCAACAAUGAUCGCACCAAAUUACCACAAAUUAUGUCUGAGCUGAGAUACUGGAUUACACAUCGUCGUUGUGAGAAAACUUUACAACAUUUGCCAGCAACAGCUACAGAAGGUUUACCCUUCUUAACAGUGCCCGAUAAUCCUUUGUUACAGGCGGGUAGACAUAAAAUUUUUGUUAAACUACACCGCCAUCCAAGUGUGAUAUUGGUUGUUCAACUAAAAGAAAAAUCAAAUAUGCCCAAUGAAAUGGAGUAUACUUUUCAUUUGGGAUUUGUGGCCUAUCAAACAAAUGAGACAGAUCCCCUACCUGAAGAAUCAUCUCAGCAAUUGGUACCUGUACAAGCCCCACCUAAUUUGCAACCCGGCAGUACACCAAAUGCUGAAGUACCUAAAGUUUAUACUAAACUUUUAAAACUUAUAGAAUUUGAUACAUUUGUAGCAACUCAUGGCCCGGGAACAGAUGUUGAUGAUACUCCACCACACAAAAGGAAAUUGGGUAACGAACAUGGGGCGCCUUCCGCCAAACAGGCCAAAACCAUUUACCCUGCCUAUUUUAUACCAGAACUGGCUCACGUUGUUGCCAUGUGUGAUGAAAAGAUACCAUUCUUGAAUUUGGCACAAGCACUAACGAAAUACAACAUACCGCACAGUGGUCUACAAGUUGAAUCAAAUGCUACCUCGCUAGUUUUGAAAAUUCUAACACUACCCAUGCCCGGUCAAAGCCAUGGAGAAGAACAUAAACACCAAGCCAACAUUUUAAAUAUGCCCGCAAUCGAGCCACAUAUUUGGAAAGAUUUAAUAAAACGUCUACUCUCCAUAUCAAUACGUUCGCAAAUGAACAAAAACAAUCAGAUCCGUGUUUGGGUUGUUGAGUUUGUUUUCUUUAGCACUCCCCUGCAGAGUACACAUCCCAAGGAACAGGGCAAUCGCAGAACAGUUUAUCUGACCUAUGAACAAAUUAAUCAUGAUUUCUCCAAGACCGUGGAAGAUCUCUUGAAAGACUGGUCCAAAAUUGUUUAUCUUUAUACAUUGGUUUAUAAUUUCUCGGAACAUAUGAAAAAUAAACGUUUGAACAUUUCCGAUACCAUCACCAUAAAUUCUUACAAUUAUAUCAAUCUGUUGCUGGGCUAUGGACCCAAAAAGGAAGUAAUUUGCAAUAUUUUUUGGUCAGCUCAGUCGCGUGGUUUUCGUUUAAUCUUCAUGGGUGGCAUAACGGCUGUUAAUGCGCAUUCGAUGAUGAAAGAUCAAUUGGCUACACAUUUGAAUAGUCAGCACAGCUUGGCCCAAAUGGUCUAUAUCUUGCAUGAGACAUAUUAUCCUUUAUCUUCGAUAGCUAAAUUGCCCAUCAUACCACAUUUGGGUAUACCGCGCCCUCAAGUACCGGUGUUAUCGUUUUGUAUUUUACCACAAUCUCCAUGUUUGAUACGUUUGGCCUAUCAGGCCAUGUUUUGUUUGGAAAUACGUUUUCGAGCUGGCCGUUUAGUGUCAAUAAGAGAUGGCGCUUAUAGUCGUUUUGAUAGGAAUCUCAUAGAAGAUUUCACCCCCAUCCAAGGAUUAAAGGGUUUUCUUUCAAAAUACGUUGAUGAAAAUGCGGUUUAUCGAGGACGUUCCCAAAGUGAUGAUGAUAAUCCUCCUUCGCCUUUGGGUAUGGAGGACAAUUUUGGGGGUCCUAGUAGUGUAACAGGUGCUGGCACUGGGGGAUCUUCGCCAUUCCUUAGUGCGGGCAUGAGAGGACCACAAUCUCCACGCGACAGUGGUUUAAGAUUCCCUGCACCUCAUACGCCGCCUUUAAGCUCCAAUCCUCACACACCAGCAAGUCCUCAUCCAUCGGCAGGUGGCGGCUCCUCUACUAGUGGGGGAAAUUCACAAAAUCAUCCCAACUAUAACUUAACUUCGCCACCGGGACCUCAUAUGCCGCAUCCAUCACCUGGUGGUCUUAUGCCUUCCUCACCCCUAAAUCCGCAACCAAGUCCUCACAUGGUACACAGCCCUGGACCGAAUACGUUGUACAUGCAAGGACAUCAGGAUUCACCGUUUGCUGCCAUGUCCCCGGCUAAUUCCAAUUGGCCAGGUUCUCCCAGCAUGCCAAGACCUUCACCACGACCGGGACAAAGUCCUGAUCACAAAUCUAGCCAAUCUGGUAAUACGGCAUCUAAUGCCACCAACAACAGCAAUGUAAACGCACAAGGUAUGAACCGCAUGCCUCAGGCCAAUAGAUCUUGGGCCGGAGCUGUACCUACUGUACUGACACACGAGAAACUCGAUCUGCUGUGUCGUCCCAGUCCACAUCCCAACAAAGAAAUUGGUGUUACUCCAGACAUUAGUCCGCUUGAACGUUUCCUUGGCUGUGUUUACAUCAGACGCCAACUACAGCGACAUGUACAAAAUGAUGAAACCCUGACGGUGUUAAAUUCCAAUGAACCGGGAGUAGUACCCUUCAAGGUGGACAAUUUGCAAUGCCAAGUGAUUUUAAAUCAAGUUCACAUGCAAUCGUUACAUUUGAAAAUCACACAAUUGCCGCCACCACCCACACCCGAUGGCAAACAACCUUUUCAACUUAGUCCAGACGACUUAAUAGUAUUGGAACAGUUCUUCGAUACCAGAGUGGCAGCGCCACCCUACCGGCCCAAUUCUCUGCAGGGUUUCUGCAAAGUGUUGAGCUGUGCCCCUCAAGUGCUUAAAGAUUUUAUACAAAUUAUGCGCCUGGAAAUGAAACCGGAUCUGGGAGGUGACCAACUAAAAUGGACAGUACAGUUCUGCAUGCGUGUACCUCCAUCGGCGGCUCCCAUUAUACCCAUUGGCAGUCCAGGUGUAUUGAUAGUACGAUUGAAAAUAUUAUUCUUUUUACAAAUUACUCGCAUACCAUAUAACGGCAAAGAAUGGAAAGAUAGUCCUUCUUUGGUUUUACCCAUGGUGUAUGAUCUUAGUUCCAAUUUAACACAGUUGGCCGAGAAACGUGAACAAGUACAAUCGCCCGCAGCUUUAGCAGCCAGCACAUUACUUAGACGUUUUUCUGAAUAUGGUGUACAACAUGGCCAGUGUUCCCUGUUCCCCGCUGUAAGAGAUUUACUGACAAAUCUUCAACUUCCAAAUGAUGUACCGCCACCAAAUCAGGCUAUUGGACCUCCAGUAGGCCCCAUGGUUGGUUCCAGCCCGAAUCCCAUCAUGCAUUCACCGAUGCAACAAAUGGGUGGACCAGUGGGUCCACCACAAGUUGGUCCAGGUUAUGCUCAAAUGCCACAAAAUCCUGGUCCGCAGUGAUGAAGGCGGAAACGCCGCUCGGCAGCCAAUCUUAAUAUUUGAUGAUGCAGCACAGGCGGCUGAAAAAAGGCAAUUCUUUGUUUGAACCGUUUAUAGUUUUAGAAAUUUUUUAUUAUAUUUAUUUUUUUUUUAAUUUCAAGUAAUAUGGUU